CCACAGCAGUCGCAGACCUGUGACCAGUACGUAACGACUACGUAUCGGAUGUACGAUAAUCUAAAUCUGUCUUGUCUGAACGGGGGUGUUCCUGUACCUGGAAGUGGAAACUGCACAUGCUUUGGUGGCUAUGUCGGACAUCGUUGUGAACGACUGAUGAUAGAUUGUGCAGAGGGUGAGGAGUGGGGGUUCUUCCCCCCGGACCAAGUUGCCACAAUCCAGCCCUAUGGGUCCCCGCAGCCCUUCCAAGUGCUCUGUGAAAGCGAUCCUUGGGGAACCAGAACAUACUUUAUGGUGCGCCUCGCAGGAACUCUGGACUUCUCAAGAAACUGGACCUCCUACAAGGAAGGGUUUGGAGAUUUAAAGGGGGAGUUCUGGUUGGGUCUAGACAACAUCCACUAUUUGACCAAUGCGCACCCACAGAAUCUCCUAGCGGAAGUCCACACUCGGAUGCCGGCAGACACUUAUCCUUACAGACAACGUACUUACAGUAAAUUCUCAGUUGGGGCUGAAUCAACGGGCUAUGUGAUGAAUUUCGGCUUACAUGGCCACAAGCCUCUCCGCAUGAUAUUGGGGACUGCUUGA